UCUCAGUGCGGGCAGACGAGAGACAGGAAUCGCCACCGUGGUCUGAACUAAUUUCCUGCUCCUCACCAUGGAUAUCGGGGACUUGGGCAUCACCGGGCAGACCACCGUCAAAGAUGAAGUUGGAGAGCGUUGCCAGAAGCUAUUCCAGAGUUUCUUGGAGGAGUUCCAGGAGGAGGGAGUGGCCAAGUACGUAGAGGAGGCGCGGGAUCUUGUCAAGCCAGAGAGGAACACACUGGAGGUUUCUUUCCUGGACAUUGACAAGUUUAACCAGAAUCUCGCUACGCUCAUUGUGGAGGAGUACUACAGAGUGUACCCAUUUCUGUGCCUGACGGUCCGCAACCACGUCCGGGAUAACACAGGGCUGUCUGUGGAGAAGGAGUAUUACCUGAGCAUAGUUGACGUGCCCACCAGACACAAGGUGCGCGAACUCUCCACCCUCAAGGUCGGCACACUCAUCCGUAUCUCUGGCCAGGUGGUGCGGACUCACCCAGUACACCCUGAAUUAGUGUCGGCAACCUUCCAGUGCAUGGAGUGCCAGACGGUGGUGAGCAAGGUGGAGCAGCAGUUCAAGUACACGCAGCCUUCCAUUUGUCACAAUCCGGUGUGCAACAAUCGCAAAAACUUCGUCCUGGACACAAACAAGAGUCGCUUCGUUGAUUUCCAAAAAGUCCGCAUCCAGGAAGUGCAGGCAGAGCUUCCACGUGGCUGUAUCCCCAGGAGUGUGGAGGUGGUGGUGAGGGCAGAGGCGGUGGAUCAGGCCCAGGCCGGUGACCGCUGUGACUUCACCGGCACUCUUAUUGUAGUGCCUGACGUGGCGGCACUCAACCUCCCCGGUGCCAGGGCCGAGAGCUCUGCCAGACACAAGGGUGAGGACAGCGAGGGAGUAACGGGACUGAAGGCACUUGGUGUGAGGGACCUCAGUUACCGUCUGGCCUUCCUGGCGUGUUCUGUGGAGCCAACCAACCCCAAGUUUGGCGGCAAGGAGGUGCGUGGAGAGGAGACAACAGCGGAGAGCAUUAAGAGGCGGAUGACGGACUUGGAAUGGAACAAAGUGUAUGAGAUGGCCAAGGACAAGAACCUCUACCAAAACCUCAUCACUUCCCUCUUCCCUACCAUCUAUGGCAACGACGAGAUCAAGAGAGGGAUCUUGUUGAUGUUGUUUGGAGGAGUGCCGAAGACCACCAUUGAGGGAACCAGCCUGCGAGGAGACAUCAAUGUGUGUGUGGUGGGCGACCCUUCCACCGCCAAGUCUCAGUUCCUCAAGCAUGUAGCGGAUUUCUCGCCGCGGACAGUGUACACCUCCGGCAAGGCGUCCUCAGCAGCAGGUCUGACGGCAGCGGUGGUGAAGGAUGAGGAGUCGCACGAGUUUGUGAUUGAGGCAGGAGCGUUGAUGUUGGCGGACGGUGGUGUGUGUUGCAUUGACGAGUUUGACAAGAUGGAUCAGAGGGACCAGGUGGCCAUUCACGAAGCCAUGGAGCAGCAGACUAUAUCCAUUACUAAGGCUGGAGUCAAGGCAACCCUGAAUGCGCGGACAUCAGUGCUGGCCGCUGCUAACCCCAUAGGAGGCCGCUACGACCGCACCAAGUCCCUGCGGCAGAACAUCACCCUCACCAGUCCCAUCAUGUCACGCUUUGACCUCUUCUUCAUCCUGGUGGACGAGUGCAAUGAGGUGACAGACUAUGCCAUCGCCCGUCGCAUCGUUGACCUGCAUGCCUGUAUGGAGAGCAGCAUAGAGCGUGUGUACUCCCUGGAGGAGGUGCAGCGCUACAUCACCUUUGCCAGAAUGUUUAGGCCAAAGAUGAACAAGGAGGCGACGGAGUACCUGGUGGAGCAGUACCGCACCCUGAGGCAGCGGGACAGUCAGGGCGCCUCGUGUUCCUCAUGGCGCGUCACAGUCAGGCAGCUGGAGUCCAUGAUCCGCCUGUCAGAGUCCAUGGCCAGACUGCAUUGCUCUGAACAUGUGUUACCAAAGCACGUGAAGGAAGCGUUCCGACUCAUCAACAAGUCCAUCAUCCGCCUGGAUCAGCCCGACGUGCACUUGGACGGCAUGGAUGAGGAGGAGGCAGCCAUGGAGGUGGAUGAGAAUGCUGACCCCAAUGCUGGAGCAAAUGGAGAGACCGCACCAUCACAGGACAAGGAGCAGCCGGUGAAGAAGACCACCACCACCACACUUACUUAUGAAGCUUACCAGAACAUGACCACACUGCUCCUGAUGCACAUGCGAAAGGAGGAGGCAAGGUCAGAGUCACAGGAAGAGCAGGAGGCAGAGAGUGCUGGCAUGAGGAGGUCUGCUAUUGUCAACUGGUACCUUCAGGAGAUCUGCGGAGAGAUUGAGAGCGAGGCAGAGCUGGUGGAGCAGAAGAUCAUGGUGGAGAAGGUGCUGGAUCGCCUCACCUAUCAAGACUGCUUGAUAGUGCCCCUCACACAGACUGGCUUCAAGGGUGCUGACUCAGGAGGCUUGGAUGAGUCGGACCCACUGCUUGUCGUACAUCCAAACUAUACACUGGACUACUAAGGCUCUCGCUGCUGGUGUGUGUCUGCGUUCCCAGUCUGAAAGUACACAUUUAUAUUUGGUAAGGGAGUGAGUGGGUGGGUGGGAAGAUUUGGAAGUGGUAGUGAGAUAGUUUUUUUGUAAGCUGGAGAAGUAAUGUAAUUUUGAGAAGGUUCUGUUACAAAUGUUCGAGUUAAUUCGAAUUAUGUGUUUUUGGAAAGGUUUGUGGCGUGGAACAUUGCUGCUUCUGUUUCAUUCCUCAGUGUUAAAAACUCCUUCACUGUGAUACUUAACAAUGAACAGCACCAAAAGUAAUGGAUCAAAUCUUCUUAAGCAUGCAUAAAGAAAGAAUGAGAUAGGAGAGAAUGUUUUUUGCAAUUUCUAUCGAGUUUAUAGAUUCAGUGUAGCUGUAGAACAAGUAAAAAACACCUCAGUGAUAAAAAGUUCAAGAGGGGUGUACCAAAUAGCAGUCAAGGAGUUAAACUGAAGUUACUUAAAGAAUUGCAAAAGUUGAGAAGGUUCGGUUACAAAUGUUGGGGUUGAAUGAUGUGGUUUUUGAAAGGUUUGUGGCUUUGAACAUCACUACAGGUUGCCACUUUGUUAAUUCCUGUGGUGUUUGUUUGUCUGGAUGUCUAGCUGGUGGGGGGGAAAAAAAAAAAAAUGCCUUACAGAAUCACAUCAGUUAUCAUGUUUAGGUUAGAUUGAUGUGUUUGGGGCAAGAUUUAGGACCCAAAGUGGUGUGAAAGUUUGUGUACCUGUAUCAGUGUGUGGCGUGAAUGAAUGCCAUUUCUUCCUUCACAUCAUUGUAAGAAGCGAGUGCCCUGAAGGUAUGAAGUGUACAAUGUUAAGUAGCAAGUACCGGUAGUCAAGUUGACAUAUAUAAACUAUAUUCUUAAUUGUAUUUUAUAUUGCAUUUUGUUUUGAUAUAUUAAAUUUAAGUUUUUUGUAAA